CACUGCUUCUCUUGCAGAGUGGGGACAAAAUCCGCAGCUUCGGAAGGGAAGAACUUGUUGCUUUAUUGUAAAGCAACAUUCGCUGUCUUAACAGCUUAUUCGUUCUAAGCUGUUUGAACCGUCCUUUAUACCGACAAAAUGGCCUUGCCAAAGAGAAUAGUGAAGGAGACGGAACGCCUAAUGGCGGAACCGGUCCCUGGAAUCAAUGCUGUGCCUCAUGAAGAUAAUCUGCGAUAUUUCGACGUCACGAUCCAUGGACCCGCGCAGUCUCCUUACGAAGGAGGUAUCUUUAGGCUUGAGCUGUUUUUGCCAGACGACUACCCUAUGACUCCUCCCAAGAUCCGCUUCCUUACGAAGAUCUAUCAUCCCAACAUUGACCGACUCGGUAGAAUCUGCUUGGAUGUGCUGAAGAACAACUGGUCACCGGCUUUGCAGAUCCGCACUAUCCUCCUUUCUAUCCAGGCUCUGCUUGGAGCUCCUAACCCAGAUGAUCCUCUCGCAAAUGACGUUGCCCAGCGUUGGAAGGAAGACGAGCCUGCAGCCAUUCAGACUGCUAGGGAGUGGACGAGGACGCACGCUAUGACCUAGAGCCCAGACUAUUGUUCUUCUUAAACCAGUCGCGACUACUAGAAACAUAUCGACGACCUCUGAUGUGAUCACGAAAACAACCAAGACCUAUCCGGUUCCAAUUAAGUGAAAGACAUUUCCUCAGCGCCUUCUGAACCAUUCUACUUUCUAUCUACAUACUUUGCUACGCUUUUAGAGUUAUCGAGUACGCCAUAUGGAUGGUCAUCUUUUUUUGCUGUGGGACGGGGCGGUGU